AUGCUAAAACAACAGCAGACACCUGGUUCUGGCGGGAGGAAGACGUCAAACGGAACCACAAAUCCACCCGGGAUGUCUACCCCUGUCAGCGGCGGGAACAGCGGCAACAGGACGCCCGCUGGGAGGAACCGGAAUUCUGCCAAACCCUCCUUUCAGUCAUCUCCAGUGUUUGAGGGUGUUUACAAUAAUGCCAGAAUGCUGCAUUUUCUCACAGCCGUUGUGGGCUCCACGUGUGACAUUAGAGUAAAGAAUGGCAGCAUGUUUGAGGGCAUUUUUAAGACCCUAAGUUCUCGAUGUGAGAUAGCUGUGGAUGCGGUACAUAAAUGCACAGAGGAUGAGAGUUCCACAACAGUUCCUCCUCGAAGAGAAGAGAUCACUGACACCAUGAUCUUCAGCCCUCAGGAUCUCGUUACUAUGAUCUGUAGAGAUGUGGACCUGAACUUUGCCACAAGAGACACUUUCACAGACACCGCAAUCAGCUCGACUCGAGUCAAUGGAGAGCACAAAGAAAAGGUCUUACAGAGAUGGGACGCUGGGGACAAUAACGGAGAGAGCUAUGACCUUGAAAACGAUGCUUCUAAUGGCUGGGAUGCCAAUGAGAUGUUUCGUUACAACGAAGUAAAGUAUGGGGUAACCUCAACAUAUGAUGCCAGUCUCUCGAUGUAUACGGUUCCUUUGGAAAGGGGGAACUCUGAGAAUUUUCGUCAAAGAGAGGCCCGUGCUGCUCGACUCGCCAGUGAGAUAGAGUCCAGUCCUCAGUAUCGCCAUCGCACCAACCUUGAAAAUGACGAAGGAAAAAGUGAAGAAGACAAGUACAGCUCUGUAGUGAGGGAUGGCACUGACCGAGAGAAGGGCAGAGAGAGCCCUCGAGAGCGUGAGCGGGGCAGGGACAGCCCAGGUGCAAGUAGCAGGGAGGGCAAGUACAUCCCACUGCAUCAGCGGCAGAGGGAGAUGAACCGUGACCGGGAAAGGGCUGGAGGACCCCAGUCUCAUCGUGGAGGAUACCGCUCCACCCCUUCGUCCUCGUCUCCCAGACCCCCACUGCCUUCAGCCACAGGAGCGCAGCCUGGGACCUCCCCUUCAGAGAGGAGCAGCCCUUCGUCGAACCGUGGUGGAGCCUAUGCUUCCCACCAUCCUCAGAGCAGUCCCAGCCCUGGCCCUGGCUCUGGACCUGCCAGUCCUUACACUCCAGUGUCACCUGGAGGACAAGCGCCCUCCACACCCACUGUUGCAGCCCCCUCUCCUGCCAGCCCUCCUGCCCCUCACUCAAACACAGUUUCUCAUUCCCACUCACUUCCUCACUCGCUGUCGGACGCUGUACGGCCUGUCAAUGGGGUGUCUACAAGAACUUCUCCUAAAGCCCAAAGACCUCCACAGUCCAGUCGAUCUGUUCGCACUCCAAAUUCUCACUCACAAUCCUCAGCUUCUCGUUCUCCUAAAUCAGGGUCCUCACAAGACGCACCUUAUUUAGACACCUCGUCUGUCUCCUUGUCUGCCCAGAAGACAUCUGGUCCAGCUCCUCUCUUCCCUGUUGAUGUGAACGAGAUCCUUUGUGCCGCUGCAAAGGAACGCUCUGCUGAGAGUCCGAGCAGCACAGACGAGAACAAAAGUAAUAAAGUUCCAUCAGUUCAACAAAGGUCGCAAAUUGAGGAGCUACGCAAGUUUGGUAUAGAAUUCAGGCUACAAGCGCCUGGUUCCCCUGCCACAGCGACCGCUCCCACUGUCUCUGACGGCAGCUCCUCGAGUUCAGGAAAAUCAGACAUGACUAAUGACACCAAAUCACAGACGCCUUCCACCCACCCGCAGCCCCAAGCGUCCCCCAUCCCAGGAGAGGAGCCUAAAGACAUCGCCGCCACUCCCGGGGCCUCGACAACGGCCACCGGCUCCGACAGGCAGUCCCCAGCCACGCCUCAGCCUCCCAGGAGCGACGAGAGCAGGUCUGACUCUGAGCGCUCUGACGGAGUAGUUGAACAAGUGAAGAAAUCUACAUUGAAUCCCAACGCUAAGGAGUUUAACCCUAAUAAAGUUCAAAUGCCUAUGACAAAACCCAACACGGCACCAACGCCGCCUCGGCCCACACCCUCGAGUCCCGGGUUCCUGCCACACCCCGCGGCGGGACAAGGACAACUGUACAAUGCUCCCUACCUCUCUUACGUCUCACAGAUCCACUCUGUACCGGCCCCACAGAUGUACCAGUACACCAUGUCGACAGUGAACCAAUCCAAAUUCACCAGGACUAAAGGCUCAGUUGUAGCACCACGCUCGGAGCACACUGCGUCUGGAACGCCCCUAAUCCAACCUGCUUCAGCAGCUGGAGCUCCUCUGGUGGCGUCGCCGUACCCCCAGUCCUACCUGCAGUACAGCCCCCAGCAGUACGGGCAGCAGCAGGUCAUCCAGACCAUGUCUCCCUACGCCAGCCAGCACAUGUACUCCCACAUGAUACAAGGAGGAGCCCGCAUGAUCGGACAAGGAGGAGGUCCUCAUGCACAAGCCUUGGGGCCCCCAGGAGCCCCCCAGUUCCAAAAUCAAGGAGAAGGUCCCCAGGGGCCGCAGCAAGGGAUUUAUGCUCCACAGUCCUUCGCUCAUCAUUCGGGUCCAGUGCAUCAGCCACAGCCCUCUAGUACCCCGACAGGAAACCAGGCCCAGCCGCAACACGCUGCUCCCAGCCCUGGACAGAAUGCCCAGUCUGGUCCUCAGCCUCAGUCCCUGUUCCACUCUGGUCCUCUGUCUGCGCCCACCCCUCCCAACAUGCCCCCAGGCCACACCUCUCCACAAGGAUCCUAUCCCAUCCAGGGCUACAGCAUUCACCAAGGAAUCCCUGCCACGUACCCUCUGGGUCAGAUCGCACAGGCACACGUACAAGGAGCCAUGUCUGGUCCCCAUCAUUCCGGCAGCCACGGACAGCCCCAGUUAGUAAUGUUACAGCCCCCUCCUCAGCAAGGUCCCGGUGCAGUGCCGCAGCACCCGCAGCAUGGCCAGCAAGGAGCUCACCAACAUUUCUAUAUCGGACAUCCACAAGCGAUGCAAAUGCAGACACACCCAGCACAGACGGUAAACCCGGAGAGGAGGACCCGUUUAUCAAGCACCUUAUUGUUCUGCUACAACAUUUCUUCGACCCGAAUCUCAAAAGGAUGUACCUUUGUGAUGCUGAUGAAGAAGACGGCAGGCAGCCUCCCGUUCUCCUCUCCAACUCCCACCCCCUUUUUCCAGGAGCCGAACGCAGACGCAAAUCACAACAACCACAGCUCCAUCUUCCAACGCGUUUUUUCGAGAGAUGAGAAAAUGACGACCGGGGACCGCUUCAACGCAAGCGACAGGAUUUGA